AUUAUCUUAUUUCAGAAUGAGUAUCACGUAUUUCGAAAUGAAUAUUUAUAUUUAUACAAGAAUGAGUACUAUUUAAUUUGAGAAUGAAUACUACCCGGAUGUACCUAUUUCUAGGUUACAUCCGGAUGUACGGUAUACCUUCUCUAUAUACUCCCUAAAUUUUUGGAUUUGGGAAAAAAAUUGCGGUAAGGGGGAAGAAAUUGCGGAAAGCCUCUGGACUUCUGGAGAUGGCUUCCGACGGGGAAGAAGAAUUCGACGCCGACGAUGGUUUCGAAGCCGACAUGGAAGCCCUAAGAAGGGCCUGCCUAUUCACGGAAACUAGUCCCUACCACGCUGAGGGUGAUUUCUCAGCCCGUCCCGCGACGGCUACCAGUGUCCCAUCCUCCCCUGAAGCCAGUGUCCCGUCCUCCCCUGACGCCGAUGAAGGAGAGGACGAUAUUGAGCUCGUUCUUGAUAUACAGAAACGGUUUGCGCUUUCGGCGGAGGUUCAAGUACCUCUGGAUGUUGAAGCUUUAUGCUCGAUUUUCCCCACUGCAUCCGAUGCUGGGGGUGACUGUGAAGAUGAUCUGGAAGUACUCCGUGCUAUUCAGAGACGAUUUGCCUCGUAUAAUGACGAUAAUGCAAAAGAAGGAUUGGAUAAGAAGUUGCAUAAGCCUGUGCAGGUUGGUGUUAAUAAUAUAACCUCAGAAGAGGAAAGUUGCUAUAAUUUCAUUCUAGAGAGAACUAAUGAUGGGGAAGGGUUUCCCACUUCUGUAGAUGGACAUAACAGUGCACUUCGUAUUACAGAAGCUGGCAGUCAUCUUGAUGCUAGACCCCAGUCAUGUGAUUUGUCUGAGUGGAACAAUGGUACAACAGAAAAUGAAUCUUGCUUGUUACCUGGAAGCUCUAAUUUCCCUCAAUCAGCACAAGCUUUUGUGGAUGCAAUAAAGAAGAACCGGGCUUUCCAGAAAGCUAUUCGAAGCAAACUGAUUCACAUUGAAGCAAAGAUUGAAGCAUUAAAAAAACUUAAGGGUCGGGUUAAAAUCUUCAGAGAUUUUCAGGCUGCUUGCAGAAAGAGAACUGGUCAUGCCUUGGCACAAAAAAAGGAUGCACGGGUCCAGUUGAUAUCUCUUUCAAGACAAAAGGUUAAUCCAAAGUCAAAAGAGAGAAAGUGUUCUGCUUUGUAUUAUCCACCACCUGAGAAUUCUGUGGUUACUAGUUACAGAGAAGCAUUGUUGAAGUUUCCUAUUUCUGUGAAUCGAGAACGGUGGUCAAAGGAAGAAAGGGAGAAUCUUUUGAAAGGUGUGAAACAACAAUUCCAAGAAACUAUGUUUCGUCGCUCAAUUGAUCUAAGAAGUGACAUGUAUGAAUCUUCUGGAGAUUUGACUGAUAUUGACAACAAUAUUUCGUCCAUAAAGGACCUUGAUAUUACCCCUGAAAUGAUGAGGUUGUUUUUACCCAAGGUCAAUUGGGAUCUUUUGGCUUCAAUGUACAUUCCCAAACGUACUGGUCCUGAGUGUCAAACAAGAUGGUUAAGCUGGGAAGACCCUUUAAUCAAUCAGGAACGUUGGUUGGAUAAUAACGUGGAGGAUAAAAACCUUCUGAAUAUUGUGCAUCAAAAGGGGCUCAGUAACUGGAUUGAUAUUGCAAUAUCCUUGGGAACUAAUAGGACUCCAUUUCAGUGCUUAGCACGCUAUCAAAGGAGUUUAAAUGCUACAAUUAUUAAAAGUGAGUGGACUGAGGAGGAAGAUAAUAAACUGAGAGCUGCUGUGGAAGCUUUUGGAGAUAGUAAUUGGCAGGCUGUUGCUGCUACCCUCGUAGAGCGGACAGGUACCCAGUGCUCCAAUAGAUGGAUUAAAACUCUUAACCCUGCUCGGGAGAGGGCUGGGAAAUGGACUGCUGAUGAAGAUAAACGCUUGAAAGUUGCUGUUAUGCUUUUUGGGCAAAAAUCUUGGAAGAAGCUAGCUGAGUAUGUACCUGGGCGUACUCAUGUGCAGUGUAGGGAAAGAUGGGUCAACUGCUUAGAUCCUUCAUUAAAUUUAAAUGAAUGGACUGAACAAGAAGAUUUGAAGUUGGCAGCUGCAAUUGAAGAACAUGGAUAUUCAUGGUCGAAGGUUGCUACUUGUGUUGCCCCGCGCACUGAUAGUCAGUGUAGGAGGCGAUGGAAGGUACUAUAUCCACAUGAAGUUCCUUUGCUGCGAGAAGCUAGAAAUAUACAAAAGGCUGCAUUCAUAUCCAACUUCGUGGAUAGGGAGACUGAACGACCUUCCCUUAAACCGAAUGACUUUGCCCAAGUACCAUUACUCCUUACUGUAUCUCGAUCUGAAACUUGCGGGAAACGGAAGAUAGUACCAAAAUAUAACAUCGCACCAAGGAAAAUGUCUUCACAUUCUCCAAGAACAAUGAAUUGCAGAGAUAAUACCACUAUAAAUAAGGGUAAAACGAGCAAGCAGAAGCCUAAAAGAAAAAUGUGCACCGGCUAUGGAACACAUCCUCCUUUGACUGCAGGCAUGUCAAGCAAUGACAAUGAAUCAGGGGGGCCAGAGUUGGGUGUUUUUAAGAGGAACAGGAAGACUUCUAAAUUGCCUCCCAGAAAGAAAGGAAAAUGCAGACAUCAUGAAGAUGUUCCAGAGCUUUCAGCUAGCGAUGAGAUUGAGACAACAUUUGGAGAGGGUAUUACAUUUACGAAAUCUACAGUGGGGGGAACUGGGGUGGUGGACUUCGGGAAUGGCAGUGAUGCAAACCAAAACUCUUCAUCUUCUUCAUGCGGUCAGAAAGCUAUUAAGUUAUCUAAGAAAGGGAAAAAACCUUCCAGGAAAAAAUGUAAUGAUCCAUCUCUUGGCCAAGGACAUGAUCCCUUACCUACUUCAUCAUAUAUUAGCAAAGGCAAAUUUAAUGUUGAUGGGGGUGGAAAAGAUCGGGGAAAUGCUAGCCCACAUAAUGGCGAAGGUACUUUACAAGAAUUAUCUGGAACCAACAUUGAAAAUGGUCCACCGGGCGAGAAAUAUGAUUCAUCAAUGUCCUUUGAUGCUAAUACUUGCAUGGAGUAUUGUGAUAGAUUGGGAGAAGAAUCUCAUCGUCACUCGCUACCUUUGAGACAUUCAGUUCAUGAUAUCCCAGAAACAAGAAAUGUUAAACAUUAUGAACAUCACAAGCAGGGAAAAGAGAGAAGUCUUAAAGGCAAAGAUGUGGCCCCCUCAAGCAAGGUGGUGGCUGAAGUAGAAGAGGGUGCCUUGCUAGAGGACUCUUUCAUUCAGAGGAAUCAUUCAGCUCCUGUCACAGUUACCAAAGAAAAUUCAAGCUCAAGUGCUUCAAAAUCCAUUGGAAGUGGAAUACAGACAAUGUCUCCGCAAACACAGGGUGGGAUUGAAGAUGAAAUGCCUCUUGCUCACUUUUUCAAUAAAGUGAAGAGAAGAAGGCUCGAUCAUGCCAUCGUCAGAGGCGGCUAACGAGCAUGAACUUGCCCUUUUCAACCUUUUGAUAUAUUGAAAGCAAGGGCCUCGAGCAUGCAAAACCCGUGCUAGAUAUUGAGUAGACGUUAUUUUUUGUUUGCCGUCUCUUGUAAGGCAGAACUGGUGUUACACUAAUGAGUUUCAGUUCUCAAUCAGUUGUAUAGGGAUACAUUUUUGACACACAUCUUUUGGUUGGCAAGUGUGUGUGGGGGUGUUAAUGUCUACGUUGUGCCAUGCUGUUUUUGGUUACUCCGUAUAUUUUUUGGCUUUAGCAUUGGCAUAGUGUAUUU